AUGAGGAAAAUGGAGCAGAGGAAAAUGUCAAGUCCAUGUUUGUUGGCUUUUAAUGAGCAUAGGUCUGGCGUGGAGGGACUAAUGGAGCUUUCUUACCAGACCCUCAAAUUCACGCACCAGGCACGGGAAGCGUGCGAGAUGAGGACAGAAGCACGACGAAAAAAUCUUCUUGUUUUGAUUUUGCAUUACUUAACACAAGAAGGAUAUAUUGAUGCAGCCAAUGCUUUGGAGCAAGAAACUAAACUGGGGUUACGACGCUUUGAAGUUUGUGACAACAUUGACCUUGAAACUAUUUUGAUGGAAUAUGAGAGCUAUUAUUUUGUGAAAUUUCAGAAAUACCCCAAAAUUGUCAAAAAGGCAUCAGACACAGCGGAAAAUAAUUUACCACCAAGAAGUGGAGGGAAGACCAGAAGGGUGAUGAGCGACAGUUGUCAAAAUCUUCCCAAGAUCAGUCAGCAGAGGCCACGGUCCAGAACCACAGUGGGGAAAUCAGGGGAUGUCAAAUCCCUCCAUAAGGAGCAUCCUAAACAGGAGGCUGUCACUAAUUCUCAUGCGGAGGGUGCUGACUUUGGCUUGAGUAUAUCAGGAAUCAACAAAGGCAGUGGAGAAGAAAACGUCCGCCCACAAAAAGGCCAAAUCAUUGACUUCCGAGGGCUGCUCACAGAUGCCAUCAAAGGAGCAACCAGCGAACUUGGCCUGAACAGCUUUGACUGUAACCCCGACCCCUCAGAACGAUUGUUGAAACCUCUGAGUGCACUUAUUGGCAUGAAUAGUGAGAUGCGAGAAUUGGCAGCCGUGGUGAGCCGGGUGUUAUUUGAACUUGCCCGCUAUCACGCCCCCUCCACCAUCUUCCUGGACGAGCUGGAGUCAGUGAUGAGUCAGAGAGGCACAGCUCCUGGGGGAGAGCAUGAAGGAAGCCUUCGAAUGAAGACAGAGUUACUGGUGCAAAUGGAUGGGCUGGCUCGCUCAGAAGAUCUCGUGUUUGUCUUAGCAGCCUCUAACCUGCCAUGGGAGCUGGACUGUGCCAUGUUACGUCGUCUGGAGAAAAGGAUUCUGGUUGGUCUCCCCAGCCGGGAGGCCAGGCAAGCCAUGAUCCGCCACUGGCUGCCCCCUGUGAGCAAAAGCAGAGCUCUGGAGCUGCGCACGCAGCUGGAGUACAGCAUGCUGAGCCAGGAGACUGAAGGCUACUCGGGCUCAGACAUUAAGCUCGUCUGCAGGGAAGCAGCCAUGCGGCCUAUGAGGAAGAUCUUCAGUGCACUUGAAAAUCACCAGUCAGAGAGCAGCAACUUACCUGGAAUCCAGCUGGAUACAGUGACCACUGCCGACUUCUUAGAUGUGCUAGCUCACACCAAGCCUUCAGCAAAGAAUCUGACUCAGAGAUACUCAGCCUGGCAAAGUGAGUUCGAGUCUGUAUGAAAUCACAUCUACCCUGACCUGGCCACAGAGACAACCACGGAGGCCUUCCGAUUUAUUAGGUUAAGCAGGAGAAGAACAUGAUGAUUGGGAGAGAAAAGAGAAAAAUUAUCUUUGAAGACUGAGUUCGUUUGAAUAACUGCACUAUUUUGGAAAUAAGAGAUAUUUUUGUUAAUUUUUCCUGAUUGAUGCCCGCAAAAUACUGAAGAUGUCAAUUACAGGUGUAUAUGCUCCUAGUCACACAACAGAGAC